AUGUACGCCGCUCAGAAUAUAACGCCAACAGUUUUGGAUGCCAUGAAUGGAAAUGUUUCCGAAUGGUAUAACGAAUGCGACAAUGCCAUUAGAAGGUCAGAAAUAGUUCCUGGAACUUACGAAUAUACAACUGCUGUUUCUUAUGGAAACGUAGGUGAGUUUGGAGAAGGUUCUUCAACAACAGUAGAUAUUGCUUGCGACAGGUUUCAUAUAAUUUCUAUUGACAACUCAUUCUUAUACGUGGAACAAGACAUUGAAAUAAAACCUUCUGCCAAGUUGUCUGACAAGAAAGGUUGCAAUGGAAUUUUCUAUGUCGGAUACCAAUAUGCUCCAGAAGUUUUUAUGGGAUAUAAGAUAUAUUCUAACUCUGACUUAGUUCAAACAGUAACAUGGGCAAACUAUGAAUGGUUCGCUUUGAGAAACUCAGUACAACCACAAGCUAGAGAACAAACAGACCAGUAUGCAACUAUUGAGAAAAUAAGAAGACUUGACCCUAACGUUCCAGGAGUUUAUGUUAACCUUUCUGGUUCAGAUGGAAAUGCUGUCACUAAAGUAAAACUGAAACUUAGAGUUCCUUUGUCAUCUUUCCUCAUCUUCAGGUUUUUAAGAUACUUGCCAAACUGGGCAGGAAAAAUUUCUAUUGAACUUACUCCAAGCAAAAAUAACUUAGUCAUUGCACCAACGCAAGACCCAUUCACUCUUACAGACGUAAAGGGAGCAAAUCAAACGUCAUUCGCCGAAUUUUGCAAAGACAAAGUUGACUUAGACUUUGGUUUCUCAAACCUCAACACUGAAGUAAAGUAUUAUUUCAAUGCUGCUGGAACUGCUUGGGACCCAGUUAGGUUUACAUGCGAACA